AUGAUUAGCGAUAAAGUCGACGCAAAGCAAGUGCUUAAGGCGUGUGAGGCACUCGCUGCAUACACUGAGAGACGAAAAGCAGCCAAAGAGAAGGAUCUAUCACUGCUGCCUGGUGUAGGAAAGGAUUCAGAUAACACGGUUUGGAUUCAACUGACGGUCAAGGCCCUCGACACAAAACGCAAGGUAAAACCUGCACGUAUCCCACUUGCACAUCCGUUGCUGGAUGCAUCUGCAUCCGUCUGCCUCUUGACCAAAGAUCCGCAGCGUGAAUACAAAGACCUGCUGAUGGAGAAGAAUAUCACUGCCGUGAAUCGAGUUGUGGGCGUUGAGAAGCUCAAGGGCAAGUUCCGUCCAUUCGACGCACGGCGCCAACUUGUGCGAGAUCACGACUUGUUUUUGGCGGAUGAGCGCAUUGUACCGAUGCUCCCUAAACUAUGCGGCAGUGUAUUCUACAAGGACCGCAAGUUUCCUGUGCCUGUUGACUUGACGAACAAGAAGCAACUCGCCAAUGCAAUUGACCGCGCAGUGGCGUCGACGUAUUACUUACAGAACAAAGGAUCGUGCAGCACGGUGAAAAUCGGGUUCUUGCACCGACACUCACCAGCUGAACUGGUGGACAACGUAGCGCUAGCACUUCCUGCGAUUGUGUCGCGUGUGCCUGGCAAGUGGGCGAAUAUUCAAAACAUUGAGCUCAAGACCGGCAAGAGCGCGGCGCUGCCAAUUUGGAGUUGUCGGCUGACAGACGGAGGUGGAGAUGAUGUGCGAUGGAGCAUGGGAAAUGAGAGUGAGCAUGCCAAGAGAGACAUAGUCGACGACGAGGAUGACGAUGCAGAGGUGGAUGUAGGGGAAGACGACGACCAAGAUACAAAAAAGACAGGGACACACAAGACGACCAAGCCGGGUACAGUGGCGUCGACCGUCUCUACGGCAGCCAAAUCUGAAGGAAAGCGCAAGAGCUCCGGUACCAAGGUACCUAAUGCAAAAAAGCGUGCACGUUCAUCACAAUAG